UACUUUCCGGGAAAAAAAUACGGGUUCCUUGUUAGUGACUUUGAGAAAAGGAACAGGAGACAAGCAUCCGACCGUCACAUCCAUCAGCUGAUUCCUAGUCAUCCAUCCUUCCUUCGGUGUAUAAGCUGUUUUACACACCAACUUGGAUUUCAAAGGGUUUAAUAGAAGAGCCUGAGGAUUUGAUAGAUUUUACUGUAGAUUAUAAGAAGGCCAGAAAAUUAUAAAUAUUUUCAUUUCCAAAGUGGACUGAAACAGGAGUGGACACUGGUUUUCACAUUUUCGUCAAUUGUUGACUUGAUGUUUCCAGCCAUGAAGACACUUUUCCUCUUUGCUCUAUGCUUUACACUCAGUCAGUCGGCAGAUUGGGACAUUUUUACAUUUACUCAAGAAUGGCCUACCACUGUGUGUGUUCAGGGAGAGCAAGAGCACCAUAAGUGUGUAAUACCUGAUGGAGUAUCAACUUGGUCUAUACAUGGACUCUGGCCUACAAAGUAUGGAACAGAAGGUCCAACAGAAUGCAGACAAGUGCCUUUUGAUGCUAACGUCAUUAAGAAUAUAACAUCAGAGUUGAGCAAGUUUUGGGCUAACAUGUAUGCUGAUACUAGUGAUACCAGUUUCUGGGAGCAUGAAUGGACAAAACAUGGAACUUGUGCUAUGGAUUUACCAGCUACAGCUACUGAAUAUUUGUACUUCAGAAAAGCUCUAGAUGUAAUGAAAGGACUAGAUGCUACCAUAUUAUUGAACAAUAAGAAUAUAAUGCCAAGUGACACAAAAGUUUAUAAUGUCAGUCAGCUGGAAACAGCCAUUCAGGACCAGAUUGGAGUUGUACCAAGGAUAGAAUGUGCCUAUGACCAGAAAACCAGAAAGCACUUAGUAUAUGAAGUGGAGAUCUGCCUGUCAAAGACCUUCAAACCGAUCAGCUGUGACCAAUCCAAAAGAUAUGUUCGCCAUCACCACCAUUACAACCCAAAUGAAUCCAAUGGAUCAAGCGGGUCAAGUAAAUACAACAGCAACUGUCCCCAUGAUGGUUUCCUGUAUCCACCUAUUCCUCAGAGCAGGGAUAUCAUUGGAUAACUUUCGUCAGUCUUUUUAUGCAUUAAAUUUUCAUUGCGGGUAUUUA